AAAUUUGGUGCGAGCGAGUUUAUUCGACAGAGUGAUGGCGGCGUAGCAAUCGUUCGCGGAGAGAGCUGCAAAGUAAAGAAGAAAAUUGUGUUAAUUUAAUCUACGUGGAUCACAGACUAGUAGGAGCGCGCGCGAUCAGGAAAGAAAUCCGGGGCCACUGCAAUCCGAAAGGGCACUUCCGGGCGGCCGAGGCGACCUCGGAGUGGAAAAGCCAGAAAGAAAAUUUUCAGAGCACAGCCUUUCCUCACACACACACAUACUCAUACACACACGCACGUACGCAGGCGAACGAAGAGAAAAGAGGAAGAAGAGGGGCGAGCAAGACGACGGCCAAGAAGAAGACGGGGGCUGCUGCAAUUUUUGUUGUACCCAUUUCGUCUUUUUUUUUCGUUUCCUCCUUUGGGGAGCGAUUUUGAUAAGGGAACCGCGGAGCGACAUCCGGUCCGCGGAACACCAGAUUGGCCAAGUUGGAAGAGUUGAAGGCAGCACGACGGCAGGCCAACACGGUGUGCAUUAAAUGGUAAUGCAUGCCAGGAAACCGCAACGUUUACUAAAUGAUGGGUACCACCAAUCCCAUCAGUAUCAGAACUCCAAGUAUGCCUCUAAGAGAGACUACGAACGAGAGGCUAGCCGAUCAGGUGGCUAUGGACGUGAUCGCGACAAUUCCCCUGCGGGAGGAUCACUAAAUGGCAACUACAAAUCCAUCUCGCCGGAUCUGGACUCGCCGCGGGACCGCGAUCGCGACAGAGACCGGGGCGACCGGGACCGGGACAGAGAUCGCGGCGGCGGCGGCGGUGAUCGCUACCAGUACGGUGGAAUGGGCAAGAUGCGCGACAAGGAUCGCGACCGAGAUUACAAGAAGGAUAAAUAUUCAGAUUCCCUACGAUCGCCAAAGGAGAAACGCAGCCGGACUGACCGAGACACGGACCAUCGCUCGAACCACGACCGGCGCCUGAAGCUGUCGGUGUCGGAGAAGCGUGGCGGUUCCAGUUCCAACUCGGACGAGCGUGAGCGGGACAGGGAGCGUGACCGCAGAAGGAGACUGAGCCGCUCGAAAGACCGCGAUCGUGAUCGUGGGGUGAGCGGUGUGGGAAGUGGUAGCGGAGUGAACAGCGGCGGAGGUAGCGGCGCUGGAGGUGGAAGUGGAAGCGGUGGCAGUGCUGGAGCUGGUGGUGGCGGCGGUGGCGUUGCCGGUGGUGAUCGGGUGAACCGUAUCGGCGACUGGAGCGAACAUGUCAGCUCGUCGGGGAAAAAGUAUUACUACAACUGCAAGACGGAGGUUUCCCAGUGGGAGAAGCCACGGGAGUGGAUCGAGAAGGAGAGCAGGAUUAUUACCAAGGAUCAGCACCGCGAGUAUCGUGACAAGGAGAGAGAACGGGACCGGGACAGGAUCGAUCGCGAACGGGACGAUCGGUAUUCGUCCUCUGCCGGUGGUCGGUCAACGUCCUACGGUGGCAAGCAUUCCAGCAGUAAAGGCGGUGGUAGCAGUAGCAAUUCGAGAAUUCGAUGGCCAGCCCAUGAGUCACAUCGGAGACGACAUGAAGAUCAUCACCACCAUGGCCCAGACAUGGACAUCAGCCCCGGGGACUCGACGCCAACGUCCGAAGCCAACUAUUCGCACUCGAGUACGCCAACCAAUCAGCAGGGUCACAACAAUAGCGGGGUUGCCAACAACGACGGCGCCGGCCAAGGACUGAUGGCCAAUCAGCUGCCCCGGCUGCUGUCGAAUCCGACCUCGACGCAGAGCGGAAUCGCGAUGCCUGCCCACUCCCAGCAUCAAUCCUCAGCCAGCAGCUAUCAGACUUCCCUGUCGACCUCGUCCCCAUCCGUACAGCACCAGCAGCAGCAGCAGCACAUGGCCGGCGAUAUGAUGCUGGGUUCGAACGCGCCCGGUCCACCAGGGCAACAACAGCAGCACCAUCAUCACCAUCACCACCACCACCAUCAUAACUCUCCACAUUCGGCGGCAGGAGGCGGCGGCGGCGGCGGGGCCAGCUCCAGCAGCUCCACCGUGUCGUCGUCGCUAGCAGGACUGCCCAAGAUUCUGUCCCAGAUUACGGGCAACAAAACGAUAGAACACAACGAGCUGAACCCGCAGAAGGCGCUGCAGACGAUCACGAACGCGCUCGCGCGGCAGCAGAACCCGAACGGAACGGCCGGAGUGGACGGCAGUGUUGGAUCAAACAGUUUGAGGGAACACGCCCUCAACUCGCCCCUGUACAACGUGUCCAACCUGUCGCACCCGUCGACGCCCGGCGGCCUUGGCGGGCUGAACCACAGCAGCAGCAAUCACCACCACCAACAGCAGUCCGGCAGCAACAACCUGAACCUGAACUCGUCCAGCUCGAUGGCCAACCUGAGCGGCGGCAGCAACAGCAGCCAGAUGCUGACCGGGGACGGUCCACCGACGCCGACGCAGGAGAUGGACCUGGUGUUGCCGUCGGACCAUCGGAAGAUGGACGGUGCGGGCCCGACCACGACAAGUGCCGUGAGCAGUCUGCAGGGCGUGAUGACCUCGUCCCAGGGCGGCCGAUCUCAGGGGCCCAAUCUGACGCCCAGCCUGGCCAAGUAUUUCCGCGCCGAUCUUAUAUCCCACGUCACGGGGUGGCCGUCGGAGAUACUGGAGAAGACGAUCCAAAAGCUGUCCGAGGAGGCCCACAUCCUGGGCGAUCUGCAGUGCAGCAAAGUAUCGGCAGAUUUAAAAUGUGCUAGGAGUUUAGUUAGAAUAACGGAAAUCACUGCGACGCUGCAAGAGCAGAAGAUUAUGUAUCUACGGCAACAAAUUCGUAGACUAGAGGAGCUAAAAUCGCAAAACUCUUUUAUGUCGUCUGAUGAUCUAUAGCGCUAUUAAUUAAAGAUUAAAUUUAUAUAAAAAAAUACAAAAAAGCUCCGCAAAAAAAAAGUUAAAAUAAAAUCAUCCUUUCUUUUCGAAGGAAGAUCACACCCGGAAUAAAAAAAAAAAAAAACAAACACAAAAACACACACACACACAACUCUACCCUAUUACUACCGGUUUAUUUGAGACCACGCAGUACGUGCGCAUCCUCUAAGAAGGAUGUGUGCGGUUAGACAAUUUGAAUGUUUCUCGAAAUUUAGCAUCCAAAUCGGCUCUGGCCACUCAGAGUUUCAGGAAACUGAUAAACAAAAAAAAAAUAAGCUGGAAUAAAGUCAGGUCAAUGUAUAAAGUAAAAAAGGAAAGGAAAACACGCCGACAGUAUACAUAGCCGAAAAACAUUACGCAAAGUAUCACCACCCACACUAUCACUCACUCACACUAUCCUAUACAUACACACAUUCAAAAGUAACCGCCGGGAGCAGAGGAGAGAAACAGAACGUACGAAUCGUCAAAAGUGAAUAUGAUUUUAAACUGUUACUAUUAUUAUAUUUAUAUACAACACAAUUAAAUGGAAAACAGAGAAGAAAAAAAACAACAUUUUUUUACUCGUGGAAAAAACAAGAAGCAUCAAAAUUAAGGCAAAAUCCAUUUUCCGUUGCCCGUCUUAUGACAGAACUGUAAAUUAACAAGGGGAAGAAAACACAAGCGGGAAAUUAUAUCUUUCAGCAGUUUUUAACUUCUUCUCUAUAAUUGCAUUCAUAUGCUGGAAGGCUGCGCUCUUCCGUGAACUGUUUAGGUAAUGAAAAUGACAUGCAACAUUAACAACAAACACACACACACAUACAGACAAAAGUUGAAAACUGAUACAUUAGAAGCACUUUCUAGAGAAAAAAAAAAACAAAAAUUAAAGAAAAACAAAACAAUGCUAAAAAGUAGUCUAAUAUUCAUGUAUAUUUCAUUACAUUAUAAGUUAUGAGUAAGGCAGAUUACAGCGUAAAAUCAAUUAAAUUAAAAAGCAGAACAUUUACAAACUAAACAAAGCAAAAAAACACUGGGAAAGUGUAAAACUUUUUCACAAACCGUCGCAACAGCAGCAACUAUUUGGAAAAACAAAAAAAAAGGAAAUCGCAAACAUUCUGGAAAAAUGCAUGCACGAAGUAUGAUAUCGGCAACAGGAAAAAUCUAAACAAAAAUAUUGAAAACCUAACAACUCGGCAAACAAAAAAUAACUAAAAUAGUCUCAUAACUAAAGGGAGCCACAUUUGCUAACAAUAUGAUGAACGGAGAAAGGCUUCCUAAUGGAAGGCGCGCGCCCAAAACACACACACACAAUACAAAUUAUGGAAAAUUAUCUCUUGGAAGAAGAAAAACAAACAUCAACAAAAGCAACAAACAAGUGAAGAAAUAAGUCAUAGGGAAGAAUAGUGAAGUUUAGUAAUACAAAAUAAUACAACAAAAACAUAUUAAAAUCUUAAA